CUCCCACCAUUCUCCUUGACGUCACCACCUGAGGCUUGUCUAUGUUCUUCUCCAAUCGGAGGCAGCAGCUCACUCCUCACCUCUCCCUCUCAAUCUCUCCCCUAGAGCAAACCAGCUUGCAGCACUUCCAAUUAAUCCAGCUCCUACCUUGUCCCCAUCGACAAAAGCAACAGGCAGGGCCUCAUCUCCCACACGCCACUUCUCUCCCUACGAAUUUCCUAAAAUACAAGCAGCUCCAGCCGCCUCCAAUCCACCAGCACCAACACGUGCCACUCCAAAUCCAAACCCUCCACCAAUCAGAGCAGCGCUAUUGGUCUGUGGUAAAAGAAUUUCUUAAUUGCUGUUUCUUCUUGGUUCUUGGGUGGAUUUUACAGAUAUAAAGUGUAUUACGAUGGGCAAUAUGUGUAAAGGGUAAAGUUGCACCAGAGCUGCAUUUGAUCCUCGGAGAUGAUGAACGAGUCUUUUCUUGAUAGGAUGGUUUCCCAGCUUCGGUCAACACGCAAGUAUUACACUGGAUAUCCCAAGGACCUAGGGCCAUCAAGAAUUAUACCAUUCACAUCUGAGCGUCAGUUUGUACAGCUAUUGCAUGAAGGAAGGCCUGUAGUUGUUGCCUUUACUAUUAAGUGCACUUAUACACAUCAUCUUGAUAAAGUACUGGAAGAGGCAGCUGCCACAUUUUAUCCACAUAUCAAGUUUGUCAGAGUCGAGUGCCCAAAGUAUCCAGGGUUUUGCCUCACAAGGCAAAGGAAUGAAUAUCCAUUUGUUGAAGUAUUUUACAAUCCGGAACAGGCUGCAAGCCAAGGAAAGAGCGUGGAUCCUAACAUCACCAAGUAUUAUGUAAAAGUGCUACCUUUCAACUAUGAUCAGAGUGUGUAUGGAUUUCGGGAAUAUUUCAAGAAGCAUGGUUUCAAGUAUUCUGAAACAAACUAAUUCUGCCAUUAGGAAUCUGUGAUGAGAGAACGCCUAGGGAGUUAACAUGGAGGCAUUCGUUGUCAGAGUUGAACCGUGGGGCUUUACUGGUCUCUUUCCUAGUUCGAGGAAUGCCUGCCAUGUACUCGUGUUAGGGUAUAGUCCGGGCCUUUAGAUUAGCACAGCAAUACCAAAUGCGUGCUGAGCUAUCGACCUUCAUUCCGGUAAAUUAAACAUUUCCCCAACCACAACCACAACCAGGAAUGAGUAUAUUGCACGUCUUUUUUUCAAAUGCGAGUGGUUUUCUAUGGUGUCAUAUUAGUUGGAGGUGGCAGUUUUUAUAGCGCAGACUGGCAAAGCCCCUGGACAAUAUGAUGCCGUUAUAUUGUAAAAGAAAUAUCGGGGUGACUAGUUGCUGCAUGUGGAUCCGAUUGAGGUUUGUUCCUAGAAAUACUCUAUUUAAUCA